AUGGAUAUGCCUGAAAGUCAGCCACAGAACCAGUUGGAAAUUUUAAGCGAUUCCUUGAAGCGUCAUGAAGAGUGCUGGAAUGUCGAGGAAGAAGAUGAUCUCCAUGAGCUUGCAUCUCGCCUCGAUGGGGCUGAAACUGAGAGAGUGUCACUGGAGCAUCAAGUAUCAGAUCUGCACACUCAGCUAUUCCAAACUAAGUGUGAGAGCUAUGGACUGAAAAAGCAAUGCCUCGUGUCCAAUUCACAAUUAACCGCCAACAGAAGUAUAAAUGAAAGUCUUUUGUUGGAGACAGCAGGACUGAAACAAAGUUUCCAGGCUUUGGAAAAACAAAUUCUGAACCUGCAGAGCGAAAAGACAAUUUUAUCCUCUCAAAUGAAGACUCUGGAAUCUGAACACCAGCAGAUAUUCAAUGAAAAAGAGCUGCUGAUGGAAACGAUGGAAAGUAUGAAAUGUCACAAGUGCAGUGAUUUCUUAUCACCGAAUGAAGCCGAUGGCAGGGUGCCAUCAAAAGACUGUGAGGAGAUCCGCUCCAAGUCAUGUCCGCAGUGUAAGUUUCAUCCAAGGAUACCCGAACGGACGAAGAAGAAGGAGCUGUUUAUUUGUUGGGAGCAAGAGCAAGGUGGUAAGGAAGACCUGAGUGCUGUCGCCGACACCGACAAGGUCACUACAACAAAACUGCAGAAGUCUGACAUAGAAACAGAGCAGCAACAGGAGACAGUCACAAUGCUCAGACUAGAUCCACAAGAAAAUGGAAAAGCACAGAAAGAAUCAAGAUAUUCAGAGGAAGGGUUACAGCUGCCAAAUGGAGAUCUCAUCAAAACUCAGCGCAACAUAAACCUGCAAUUUGAAAAGCUGUUGGAGAAAAUAGAAGGUUUGGUGAAACUAAAUUUGAAACUGGAGAAUGAGAGAGACCAGGUAUUAUGCCAGCUUGGAAUGCAGACAGCUGAAACAAAGGGCCUUGAACUAUCCAGUGAACAGAACAGAAAACAACUUCUACAUCUUCUGAGAAAGAAUAUUGAUCUCAGGCACGAGAACCAAAUAAAGGUCAACCAGCUCACAGCUCUGAUCAUUGAACUUCACCACUUGAGGAGAGCUUAUCAAACAAUCUCGCAAAGCACAGAUUGUCCUCAAGAUAUUUUAUCAGCUGAUUGGAUCAACCGGGUACGUUUAAUUAAGAACUCUAUUCAAAAGAUUAAAACCCAGCAACUGAAUUUAAACCUCCUGAAAAAAGAAAACGAGGAGUUAAUGGAAAAGUUGGAAUGGGAAUCACUGCAAAAUAUGGAUGCAAAACUGUUGGCAUUAAAUGAGAACGUUCAAGCCAAGAUUGAAAAGACAAUACAACCUUGCACUUGAAACCUCAGACACAGAAAGAUUCCCAGGUUGUGAAACAAACGGACAAUAUUGCAAGAAGAUUGGGAACAAAAGCUUCAGAACCUUAUGUGGUCCCAAAAUGGCUCUACCCAUUUGCGGAGGAGAAAAUGGCCAUUGGAGAUGUACUGUAAGCCAUCCAUCAAAUGCAACGUUGGUCUGACCCAUAUCUCACGGAUAAUGCAGGUUCACUAAAUGUUGCCCAAUCAAUAUUGUUUAGUAAAACAAAGGAAACGUGAGUUAGGGUGCUGUCAAUUCCUGUGGGACUUGAGUUGAAUCCAGGCCAGACUGAUGUGACAAAGAUUUCAGAGCUCUGGCAUUAAUGAGGGCCUUGCAAGAACUGCCUUGCAAGAAUUUAGAUCAAGUAGACUAGGCGAAUACAAGUCACAGCUGAAAGCCACGGGCAGUUUACUUACUUAGUCAGAUCAGGUUGUACUAAAUGACAAUGAGAUACAAUGGGACACGAGAAUGAAGUAGGAGCAAGAGUAGGUCUUGACAACAAUGCAGAGGAAGCUUUUCUCUGGGUUGUUUUGAAUUCCAACUAAUCUGUAUGUUUGAUCCAAAAUCUAAACUAAACGUAUCCUUUCCAUCAAUGGUGGUAAAUCCACACCUUGAUUUAAAGUUUCAUAAUGUCAGGUUCCUGCGCCAGUGAUUGAAUGGCCAGUUUGACAUUCUAAACAUUUCAAAAUCUCUAUCCUCUUUUCUGUCAACAUCAGAGAAAUCAGACUAAUUGUUUAAUUAAAAAUGAUAUUUUAGAAUCCGUGCAAAAUACUAAGAUGCUGCCUCACCCG